AUGGCAAGAGCCACAAAUCAUUUGAUACAGCCUUUAUCAUCUUCCAUUUUGUCAGUUACAUCUCAUCUCGUUAAGAAAAAUCAUAUAUAUUAUAACUGUUCCAGUUCUAUAAUGACCACAAUUAAAUCACUUUCCACUGAUUCCUCAAAGAAGUCCAUCUUGCCUAACCAAUAUUUCACUUUGAACACAGACAAAGAUGUUUGGACUUUAACAAACGAAGCUGCCUCCUUGGCCGCCACCAAUUCACGCAACAAAGAUAGGGAAAUGUUGAAUCUAGGACAGGGUUUCUUCUCGUAUUCUCCACCAGACUUCAUCAUAAAAGAUGUGCAAAGGGUCGUGGAAAUUCCGUUGGUCAAUCAAUAUUCCCCAACAAGAGGUAGACCCAAUUUGAUCAAUGAAUUAAUUAAACUCUACCAACCAUUCUAUGGUAACAACGUUAAAUUAGAUAAAGAUAAUGUCACUGUUCACACUGGGGCCAAUGAAGCUAUCUUCUCCUGUCUUAUAGGUCUUUUGAAUAAAGGUGACGAAGUCAUUGUCUUCGAACCAUUUUUCGAUCAGUAUAUUUCAAACAUUGAAUUGGCUGGAGGGAAAAUCCGUUACGUUCCAAUUAAUCCACCAAAGGAGUUGAAUAACAGAGUCACCACAGGGAAAGAGUGGGAGAUCGACUGGGAUAUUUUGGAUCAAUCUAUCAACGAAAACACAAAAGCUAUGAUUUUAAACACCCCUCACAAUCCAAUAGGCAAAGUCUUCACACGGGAAGAACUGCUAAGACUAGGUGAUAUCUGUGUGAAACAUAACAUUCUAAUUAUUGCUGAUGAAGUAUACGAACAUCUAUAUUUCACCCCCGAGUUCACAAGAAUCGCCACCUUGUCGCCAGAGAUUGCACAGUUGACAUUAUCUGUUGGGUCUGCAGGUAAAUCCUUUGCUGCUACUGGAUGGAGAUUAGGUUGGGUCAUUUCAUUGAAUAAAGAAUUGCUGAACUAUGUCGCAAAGGCACAUACAAGAAUCUGUUUUGCAUCUCCAUCUCCAUUUCAAGAAGCUGUGGCUUUAGCUUUACCACAAGCUACUAAAUUGAAUUAUUUUAAGAACAUGCAACAAGAGUAUAUUAAGAAAUUUAAAAUCUUGACUGAUGCAUUCGAUAAAUUGAAUCUCCCAUACACAAUCGCUGAGGGUUCAUAUUUCAUAUGUGCCAAUUUUGUUAAUGUCAAGAUUCCAAAGGAUUAUCCAUUCCCUGAAGAAUUACUAUCUAAGGGGAAGGAUUUCAGAAUCUCCUAUUGGUUGAUGAAUGAAUUGGGUAUUGUUGCCAUUCCACCAACUGAAUUUUACAUCAAAGAACACGAACAUGCAGCAGAAAAUUUAUUGAGAUUUGCCGUUUGUAAAGACGAUGAAUACUUAGUUAAAGCUGCUGAAAGAUUCCAAUUAUUGAAAGAAUAUUUAUAA